UAACGCAUUGUGUGGACGUGCAAUCAGAGAUAUUUUGAGGUCUAAUUUUAAGGGAGCAUGGCAUUCUUGGGAAAAAGUAGAUUCAAUGUGCAGGGAUGAGCUCUUUAAGGAGUUUAAGCAAGAGGAAGCUGGUGGAAAAGAACCCCCAUGGGAUGAUGUCUUUUCAGCUUUGCAUCAAAGUACUAAGCAGUCUGGUAACUUCAUCGACAACAAGUCUAAAAAAGUGGUUGAAAAUUAUAAAAUAGAGAUGAUUUCAAAGUAUGGAACUAAUCGGGAAAAUCAUCCUUCAUUUGAUGGAGCAGCUUGUUGUGUGGCUUCAGGAGGAGUUACAAAGGGUAGGGUAUAUGGUGCACCUCGUAUGCCAAAAUCUAUAGUUAGUACAAGCUCUUCAUCACAUUCCUACUCGGUGGAGUCAUCAUAUCCUAGUUCAUCGUAUCGGGCAUUACAAAAGGAGAUAAAGAAUAAAAAAGAGAAGAUAAAGAAAAAAGAAGAUUUUAUUCUUGAAAUGAAACGGCAGAUGGAUUCCAUGAAAGAAUAUCUUGUGAACAAUCUUGGAUACCAUGGUGGGACAUCAAAUAUUGGCCAAGGUAUGCCAUCACCUUUGGCCCCAUCAAUGCCACCACCUAUGGCUCCCCAGAUAAUGACACAUAUAGGUCCCACAUCUCAACCAAUUUAUCGACCUACACCUCGACCACUAUAUCCUGAUUCAUCUUGUGUCGAUCCACAGUAUCAUGGUUCGUCUCCGCAACCAGCACCAUGAUUGUAUCUUUUGUUGUUUGUUUUUAUUGUAUUUCGACUUAUUUGUAUU